UAUCUAUCACAAAUAAUGCAUGCUCUCAAAUUCUUACCAUAUCAAAUUCUACCAAGCUAAAGUACUAUCCUCCAUUCACACCCCAACUCUUGUGAAAUCCUAUUAAGUGAGAUAGAUCACCAUAGUACUUGAUCUCUCUUUCUUCAACAUCCAAACAUGGAGAAGAAAUUUCCACUCAAAGAUGAAACAUUAUUGCAGCAUCCAGUCCUCCUUAUUCUUGUUCUAGCCUUGGGUUUUGUGAUAAUGGACCCAUUUCAUAUGGGUCCAGUAGGAGGCCAUGAAUUUAAGCCUGUGAAGCACAACAUUGCACCAUACAAGCAAGUCAUGAAGAAUUGGCCUAGAGACAAUCAAAGCCGGUUAGGACUUGGAAAUUUGGUGUUUGAAGAUGAAGUUUUUGGCCCUGAAUCAUUGGAGUUCGAUCAUUUGGGGCGUGGUCCUUACACAGGGUUAGCUGAUGGACGCGUUGUUAGAUGGAUGGGUGAAAAUGUUGGGUGGGAGUCAUUUGCACUUGUAACAACAAAUUGGUCAGAGAAGCUUUGUGAUAAAGGCAUUGACUCAACCACAUCUAAGCAUUGGAAGCAUGAGAAAAAGUGUGGCCGUCCCCUUGGUCUAAGGUUCGACAAAAAGAGUGGAGAUUUAUACAUAGCUGAUGCUUAUUAUGGCCUUCUGGUUGUUGGACCUGAAGGAGGACUUGCAAGACCUCUGGCAACCCACGUAGAAGGGAAGCCUAUUCUCUUCGCUAAUGACCUUGACAUUCAUACUAAUGGAUCCAUCUUCUUCACAGACACUAGCAAAAGAUAUAACAGAGUGGACCAUUUCUUUAUAUUGUUGGAAGGAGAAGCCACUGGUAGGCUUCUCAGAUAUGAUCCAUCUACUAAAACAACUCAUGUUGUCUUGGAGGGCUUGGCUUUUCCAAAUGGAGUUCAAUUAUCUAGGGAUCAAACCUUCCUCCUCUAUACUGAAACCACCAACUGCAGGCUAAUGAGAUACUGGUUGGAAGGUCCAAAAUCUGGAAUCACAGAACUUGUUGCAGACCUGCCAGGUUUCCCAGACAAUGUAAGAAUAAAUGAGAAAGGCCAGUUCUGGGUAGCAAUAGAUUGUUGCAGGACAGCUGCACAAGAGUUUCUCACAAACAAUCCAUGGAUACGAAGUCUCUACUUCCGGUUACCAAUCCGAAUGAGUUUAUUAGCCCGAUUCAUGGGGAUGAGGAUGUAUACGGUAAUCUCACUUUUCAAUGAGAAAGGGGAGAUUUUGGAAGUUCUUGAGGAUCGAAAGGGCGUGGUGAUGAAGCUAGUGAGUGAAGUUAAAGAGGCAAAUGGGAAGCUGUGGAUUGGUACUGUGGCUCAUAACCACAUUGCCACCCUCCCUUACCCCUUAGCUAGUUAAGGCCUUAAACUUGAUUUUGCUGAAACAGAUUAUUGGGGAUUGUAUUUAUUUAAGUGUGGUGUAUUAGACGGGUGACUUGAUUUACGAUUGUGUAACUAUAUUGGUAGUUAAAUGACUUGGCCACUUAGCUUUGUAGCUUCAAAUGCCUUGUGAUUAAUAAGUGGUUCCCUAACGUUUUGUAUC